AUGGCGAAGAAAGCCGACGGCGACUACAAACCCAAAAAGGCCAAGAAAGCCGGCAAGGGCGGCAAGAAACCUCUGUCUGGUUUCAUGCUGUUUUCGCGAGAGAAUCGUCCUCAAGUCAAGGAGGAGAAUCCCGAGAUUACGUUUGGACAGAUGGGCAAGAAGCUGGGCGAAAUGUGGCGUGCACUUACGGACGAAGAACGAGAAGAAUUCAAGAAGCGAAAGGAGUAG